UAUUAUGAGUUGUCGGUUGUUGACUUAGUUCACUCACUUCAAUCUUUAGCUGUUCAUGUCACUUGAGUCAUAGAAGGCGGUGCUGUAACCUCCCAGUCAGUAUUGUGAUCGUGUGUCGCAACUAGUACAAUACGAUAGACGAUCUAGAUUAAAAGCUACGUUCAGUUCUUCUGACUACACCCUCGCAACGCAUAUAAUCAAGUGUGGAAACAUUGUCGUGACACGAAGAUCCUAGCAAAUGAUCUACAGCAACUGAUUUACUUAAAAUGGAAGAGGGAAAUUCAGAAGAUUCUAGUUUAAUGGAUAAGGCCAAUGAAAAUGCUACGCCUUUAGAUGAGGAAACAUCCAGCCAAAGUACAGAAUGUCAACUUAACUCACACCAUUUAACAGAAGUUCAUCAGUCUGUUUUGGAUGAAACUCCAAAUAUAGGCAAUGCCCAAGAUUGUAAAUUCACUGAACCCACAGUCAAUGAAAAUUUGGAGGAAGCUGAUGUUGAGAAACACGGUGAUAGUAAUUCUGAGGAAGACAUCCAUGCUUUUCUCUUAAAGCAGACAGAAGUUGGAGAGGAUGCAGUGUUGAAUGGGGCAAGCAGUGCUUCACACUCUCUUAGCAAUGGAAAAGAAGUCACUGAUGAAACUGAUAACCCACAUGUGGUAUUACGACACAAAGCUUCCAUGGAUGACGAUGAAGUUUUUAGCUCAAAGCCGUCCGCCAGACAAUUAUUACACCAACCUUCUAAACGGCUCAGUAGUAGCAUUGUUGAUAUCGAUCAACUCGCUCGAUGUCAACAUCAAGCUGAAGAUGUAGCAGAAGUCAAGAGUUUCACAAUAGCUUUGUUGGAACUAGCUUUCGAGAAGCAACCCGAAAUAUCCUCAAACGCUGUUUCGACUGUACAACAGCUUGGUCGUAAACAUCCUUCAACUGUUUUAAGAACGCUUCACGCAUAUCUGAAUGCCUCUGAUAGCAAGUCAACAACCAGAAUUCUUUCUACAAUCUUAACAAUUAUGGAAACUACUAUCAAUCCCGCUAUAGAGGCAGGCCACUUGGAUCAUGCCUUGGCUACUGCUUUGGUUAAACUGGCUCUGAAUGAAAUGACUAGAAGCUCUGAACUUGUGCCUGAUAUUCAACUUCCUUCUUCUAAUAUUUUGGUGACCGUGGGCACUGUUUACUGUAAAGACGUUAUCGAGCUUCUUGGAAGUCGCCUUCAAUCGAAUUCCAUGCCGCAUCCGUCCGUUCUAGUGAGUUUGGCGUCUUUGGCUACACAGAACAUCUAUGGAACCGUCCUUCAUUUGCAAAACAUAUUGAAAACGGUCGUCGGGUUAUUGAACACGGGUCAUGUCAAAGGCAGCAGCCUGCGUUGCAGUUUUGCCACUGCUUUGGCGAAAUUCAGCGAGGCUCUUUUAUUCUACCUUGCCAACAUGGAACGGGCUCCGGAUGUAUCUGUCAAACGUGACUGGUUUUACGAAGACAUGGCGCAAGCAUUUGAAAUUCUCUUCCUACAGUGGCUACCCUGUAAGGCAACAUUAACAUGCCAGGAAAUUCUUGAAGCCUUGGGGCAGAUGUCACAACUAUUAUCCGAAGAACGUAUUGAACAAAUGGCACCAAAACUUCUACCAUCACUCAUCCAAAGUUACAAAGGGCCAGUCGAACCACUGUAUGUCAGCCGCUGUUUAGCUCUCUUUCUGGAUGCAUUUUUCCACAAUGGGUCGGAACUUCCGGACGUUACUGUUCACGAGUUACUUCAAGCGCUUUUUCAGCAAAUGAUAAUUCUGCCGGAUUACAAUCAACCGUUAACCGUCAAGAAUAACUAUGAGGUAUUGCGAUGCCUAGAACGCUUGGCACGAGUACAUUUGGAUAAAGUGGUGAGUUUUUUACUCAUUAAAGUAGAGCAAACGGGCGAACAAGUUCGCAUAGCUGCUUUGACAGUGCUCAAGCACUUGAUCAAUUCACUUAAAGAUCAAAUGGAGCCUCACGUUGCAGUCAUUGGAGCCCAGUUAAAAACUCUUUCCAUGAGUGAUACAAAUUCCCUAUCGAAUAAUGUCAAAAAAGCUCUCGUCCAAGUAAUUGUGGCAAUGGCCGUGCAAGGACAUCUUUCAGCCUCGGAUACGAUUCAUUCCGGCAGACACAUUCAAUUGAUCGCCUUCUUGUUGAAGUUAUGCACAUUAUCGUCAGGACCAGAUGUAGGUCCAAUUUCGCCAUCUGGAUUAGACGUUUUUCUGCAUCCUCUCAAUAGAGCAUCCGGAUUAAGAGGAAGUAUCAGUUCGAUUUCAUCCAACGUAGUUUCCAACGAUGAAUUGAGACAAAUGUGCGAAAACGUCAUCCAUCUGCUGGUGACCACUCAGGCUCAAAUGGAAGACCUCUUUUGGCCACUCCUACUCCGCUACGCUCUCGAUCCUGAACACAAUAGAGCCUUUGGAGUUAUCUCUCGAGCUUUAGCUCAUCUAGUUACGAAAAGGCGACAAGAAUUCUCCGUUGGGUCUGCCUCAGAUGUGCCUAGUUCGACCGCUAUUGUCGCCCGAUUCUUUGUCUUAGCCAGAUCACCUGUCCCAUUGGAGAAAUGUUCCUCCAUUUUAACAUUCUUGCAGCAUUUCUCUGCAAUUGUUCAUCCGUCUCUGGCUCAGCUAUGGCAAGCUGAACUACCCCAACUGGCCAGUCAGCUUAAAGGAAAUGUAAUGGAACAAUCCGCUAAUCAGAACGAAUGGUCGCUUUCGUUGGAGAAGUUGGCAGAUGUGACCCUUGCAAGAAUGAAACUUGCAGCACCUGAUUGGACUCGUCUGUUGGCCACGGAUCUACUUGACCAAGUUGCUCUCUAUGGGCAACAGCCACUUGAAAGAGGAUUCUUGCUAAAUCUUAUCGGAGUGUGCGUUUAUCAUGGAGUCAUAACCCAAGGUCCAAGCUAUGCUAUGGACUUUAUCAUGACAUCAGUCCGUCACAACAUGAUCGAAGAGAGCAUCGGAUGUGCCUCCGCAAUGGGAUGGUGUGCUCGUGGACAUCUAGACGUCGCUCUGCUAAGAUUGCAAAACUUGGAACGUAAUGAUUAUGGCCGUAAGUCAACUGGCUUCCUAGGAUUCAUGAAAGAAAGCCGAAGUGAAUUGGAGUCGGAUAUGUUAAAAUGUACUGCCGCCCGGUGUUAUGCUCGCAUUGUUACUGAUGCCCCGGCUACCGAGUUACUUUUAAAAGUCGACAAGCAUAUCAUUCGAGCCAUAAUUUACAUUCUACAGUCUUCUAAAGACCGCCUAGUCCGUCAAGAAGGGUUGGAUGCGGUGGCAUCAGUCGCUCGGGCCCUUUGGCCUGAACGUCUUCAAGAGCGAUACGUUUUAGUUAAGCGCCCUGAUUUACUGAAGGAAACUUUAGUCCAGCUCAAGUACGUUUCCCCUGCGGAUCAAAAUAGUCAUGCUGGAUCCCCUUCUGAACUUCAGCGUUUGGUAGAAGUUUCCCGUUUCGUCGUUCGUGGCUUGGAUUCCUUGUCUGCACUUGUUCGACUCCCACCAGUGCUGGGUCCGGACGAUCAAUCGACAGUGCUGGAAACUGGGCUUGAGAGAGGAAUACCUCUCUAUACCAAACUUUGUCAAUUUGCCAUGGAAGAGUGUUGGAUGAUUGAUGCUUCAUUGGCAGCAAAUCAUUUACUGAUAGCCCUUGAAGGCCUUACGCUCCAUCUUCUCCGAUCAUCUCCGGAUCCAGGCAUGGUCGAUGUAAUCUUUUCUCAACUUAUGCCGUGGGCCAACGGACCAGAGGGACCGAUGCGUCGAGCGGCUCUUACUUUGUUAAGAUUGACGCUAACCACUUUUGUUCGUGAGGUUGAAUUUGAACCUGGUGCACCAACGCGCUUUGGUCAAGGCCACAUUAUGAUUGCGAGGAUCUUGCCACGUUGUACGGAUCCUGAGUCCGCCGUCCGUGAUUUGGCAGUUGAUUGCCUGGGCCUGAUCCUUGAGAUAAUUUCAAAAUAUCUGGGCUAUAGUCGCGAAUACGAAAAAUCUUCAAUUGAGAAAUUAGAAUCACUAAAGGCCGGUUUAGGUUCAGCUGACCCCACCCCAUCAUUAAUUGAGCUUGCCAAUCUUUUGAAUUCAAAAACUCCGGCUAGUGAUGUUUGGGCUUUCCUUGAAUCGGCAGCCUGCGGAUUGAGUGAUCCUUUGCCAACGAGUUCAAGUGGUGUAUCUUUCGUCAUGUGCUUGGUGUUGAAGGUUCGAGGAGGUGAAAUCCAUUUGCGAAUUAAAGAGCUGUUGGACAUGCUCUUGUCUCGCUUAAGGAAUGUUGAAUGCCCGCAAACGCGACGGUCCAUCCUGAACGGCGUUUGUUUGUUAGCCUCUCACCAACGGGACACGGUGGCGUCAGCUUUGCUCUCACAUUCCUUGCCUCAUAACGAGGACAUAUCAGAUUGCUGGAGAGCCUUAGCCGCUGAUCCGACCCAAUCUACGGCUAUCCUGGACCAUCUAAUUGACAUUUUGACUCACGCCGCCCCCUACGAGGAACGUGGGCCACAUGCAAACGAGGCUAUCGUCUCAUUCCGUCUCCUUUCCGCCAUCUCAGCUCUUAAAUCGAUGUGUCUCGUUCAGCAAAUUUCCAGCGCUUUACAGACUCGCUUUCCACACGUGUUUUGCCUCCUAAUUUUGGCACAGAGCUGUCUGCUUGGUGCAUCGCCACCAAUUCAUUUCCCAACUACUGGCACCGACCAGCUCUCCUUCGUGCCAGUAAAUCGAGAGGCAUAUCGCUUAAAUCCGUAUCAAAUGUGUGCCGACACUUUUAAAUCCGUGAUUCUUUGCGUCCAACUUGAUCCCCUAAUGGAACCCCUCACGGAACACCGUCACUGGACUAAUUCAGGAGAUCUUAACGCUUUUUGCGCUUUAGUUGCAAGCAUGACAGCGCUUUGCACUGUUUUUACAACAGCGAACUUGCCGUACAUGAUCGCCUCUUUCAACACUGCGCUUAAGAGUAGUCACCAACGCCACAGAUUGGCAGCAGUUGCCUUCUAUGCCGAAUUAAUUCAUCAACGAGCCAGUGGCAGAGACCUUGAUGGAGUUAUUCGCGGUUUGACUUCAUCGCUUCCGGAUUCGUCUUUGUUGAUCCGACGCAUUGCGCUCAAGGGCUUGGGAGCAUUAGGGGAAUGUGAUCCUCGUCAUUUGGAAGCACUUGCACCUUCUGUUCUGAACGCUCUAAUGGAAGGCCUAGAAGAAGAUGGGCGCGAACCUAAUGAAGGAAAUUCUGGCACGGCUAGAGAAGCAUUAGAAGGACUGUUACGUUUGGUUCCAGUAGUUUCUUCGCAUGAAGUAGAUCGACUGGCUUCUCGCUUAGCCCUACGUGUUCGUCCAUUUUUCGAACAUGAACUACCUCAAGUUCGUCAGGCAGCGAUAGCUCUGCUUGCCCAGCUGUUUACUUCAGGAUCUACUUUGUCGACAAAGUCGGCUAGCGCCCAACUUGCUGAACAGGUACAUGCGACAUUAACUAGUCUUCUUCUUCAUUUGAACGAGUCCGAUCCCAAUGUUAUUCGAGCUUGCAAGUUGGCGUUGCGUCAAGCUGGACCUCUGCUGGACCGUAGCUUCGACGCUGACAAAGUUGGUAUGGGUAGAAUUAGCGCCAUGUUUCAAGCACACUUGCCUGAUGAGGGGCGCCUGAAUUACCUCACUUUUCUGACUGAUUUGGUGAAAUUAAUUGCUGUUGAUUGUGAGGAAUGGAUCAGUAGCAAUUAUCUGCCCGCUGCGACGUCUUAUUUCAAAAGUUCAGCCCCCGAGCUGCGAGCAAAUGCCGCGCUCUUUGUGGGUCUGCUCUGUGGAGCAAGCCAGGCGAAUACUAUCGCGUCUCAGCAGCGGAAUGUUUCGUUGAGUUUAAUUCGCUUGCUCCAUGAUCCGGUGAAAUCCGUUCGGCUUCAAGCGAUGAGUGCCAUCAGCUUGAUGUUUGGAUGAAACGUGUUUAUGGACGUCAUAAAUUUUCCCACCAUUUUGUUGUUGAGUCCUAGUCUCCCCUAAACUUAUGCUAUCCACAUUCGAUGUAAGAUUAGACUACUUUCUUCAUCUUUCUGACAUUUGCUUGAUUCUUCAAAUUUCUGUCAUUUCUAGUUUGUUCCGAGUGCCUUUUCCAAGUUUUCGCAUAUUUAUUAAAGUUUACUGUUUAGAACGAACGUUUGAACGUCAGUUAUUUGAAGCAAUUUGUUGGUGAAUACAGGGAAGAUUGAAUAUA